AUGGAUUGCGUUCCGGUGAAAAAGGCCGUCGAAUCGCGAAACCAUCAAUUUGGAGGCGCACAAGUUUACAAGGAACACCCGUAUGUUUCGUUGAGGAAACUAACAUGUUCUGUCAGUAAUCCACGUAUUGGACCUUAUCCGAGUCCAAUCGGCAUGGAAGCGCUUGUUAGAAUCAAGGUCGCAUUUGCAUCAAAUCCGGUAUGGUCAUCAAAAAGUGGCUCUUUGGUAGUGAUUGGCAACGACGGUAUCAUGACGGAGUACACGCUGUCCAUAUCGCCAAGCGCAACUGCUGCUUCAAGCACAACGUCAGCUACAACCCAGCCACGACCAAAUCCUGACGAAGCAAUGAUUCAGUGUACUCUAACGCCUGGCGCUCAGUACAAGCAAUCAGCGGAUGUUCGUGCACCGAUCUCUGAGCAAAAUCCGAUGUGUCCCUGGUUCUUCCCUCAAUUUUCUCCUGUAAAAGAAAAAAGCGAAGAAGAAAACACGAAAUGGAUAAGCCAGGUUGGUGCAACUUUGAUCCUGUUUUGGAAUUUUUGA